AUGCAAGCCGCGUUCAGCUCGUCGUUUCCGACGACGAUCGCUCCAACGCUCGGACUGCCACGACGCCUCGCCCUUCGAGAGCUCGGACUGCUACAUCCAUCGCGGUCGUCGUCGUCGCGCGGGCAGGCUGGCGUCGGGCUACAGCAGGCAGGAUUCCUCGCCUCGGUGCUCGCGCCUCGAUCUCUGCCCGCUUGGUACGUCUCGGACGUGGCAGAGCACGCCAUUCCGCUCAACGAUACACUCGAGCGAGCUUUUGCCCCCAUGGAGUGCAACUUUGGCCCUGGAUCCAAGUCUGGAACGCUUGCAGUGGCUGACGAGGCCGGCUGGGUCUCGUUGAUCAAAUCCAACCAAACGCAGACAAGUGAUUGGGAGAAUGGACGGGCUUUCUGGAGCGCACACACGGAAGUCAUCAGCGACAUUUCCUGGAACGAACAUGGCGACGGGCUACUCACGGCAUCUGCCGACCAUACCAUCAGGCUAUGGGACCUCGAAAGGCUCAACUACAAUUUGUUUCGGGGUCAUGCGCUGACGGUCAAGACGGCAAGAUUCGUUCCCAACAGCUCCAGCGUGUUUCUCUCCAGCUCUCGUGAUGGUGCUGUCAUGAUGUGGGAUGUGCGCAUGCGACCUGUGGGUGAUUCUCGGCCGCCAACCAAUCAGAUUUGUCCAGCACACUGGAGCCCCGACUCCAAGCGCAAGUCUGGAACAACUGCAGCAAUGAUGCUGUUUGACGCGAGAACAAUCUUGUCCGCUGGAUGCGACGGCUCGGUGCGCAUUUGGGACGCCCGAAAAGCCUACAGUGCAUUCAAAGGCCAUCCGAUUCCAGUGGCAACGAUUGUGCCAACUGGCCAGGGCAUCACCAGCCUUGAUAUCGAUGCAAGUGGCACGCGAGUCCUUGCUCGCAGCUCUGAUGGCAGAAUUUCGACCUUUUUGCCGUCGCAUCCGGACCAACCAGCCGUGCAGUACUGCGCUCAGUCGCUGCGCAAAAUAUCCACGUCGUAUUUUGUGAAUGCCAAGUUUAGUCCCGACGGCCAACACAUUCUUUCAGGCUCGCACGAAGGCAACGCGUACAUUUGGCGUGUUGAUGCUCCAGACCGACAACCUUGGGUGCUGCAAACCAAUUCUACCACCUUUUGCGCAGCCUGGGCCAAUAAUCUCGAGUCAACGAUUGCGACGGGGUCGGUCCCUGGCAUGGUUCGAUUCUGGCAUUUGGACCGGCAUCGAGCAGAGGCUACUGUCGAAGGUAUCGACACUUCCCGACAAUUCCUAGUUUCCCGGGAUUUGGCAACUGCAGUUCUAUCCGAAGACGACUUGCGAGCGAGUCCAAUGGAAGAGUGGGAUUUAUCGGCGUCCUUGUCGCCCGCGGGAUCGCCAGCUUUCGUGCCAUCCGCAUCUCCUUUGUCAGCGAUGGUGCAAGAGUCGACCGCGGCCUUUUCAUCUUCUGAGCCGAGUGGUCUGGCUUCCGAGGCCCUCAGUUCGGAGCUUCUCGCUCAAGAGUGGGCUGCCAACCCCGCGUCCAGUUUACCGCCGGCUUCUUCCUCCCCAGAACGCUUCGCUCGCACAGCGACUGUCACCAGCCACAUCUCCAUGCACUCGUCUUGGACGUCUUCGGACGAGGACGAUAGCGGCAGUGAAAAUCCGCUUCGCGCAGACUUUGACGACUACAUGUCCGUCUUGACCUCACCAGGAAUGCUCUCGGACGCGCCACGAUCUGAUGGCGCACCUUCUCCACUCCAAGAGCCCAGCGGGGAUCUAUUGCUUCCGAACGGGCGGCUGCGCACGCAACGAAAGCUCUUUUCCAGCCGUCGUUCGCUGACGGCACCGUCUCUGCCCGCUGGAGAUGGAAGUGGAGCUGUUUUGCCUCCGAUCGCUGACACUCUGUCGACAGAGUCUGCUGCUGCUCUGAGCACGGCAAGUCCAGCCGCAUCACCGGCAUCGAGAGCAGCAGCCAGUCCAAUAGCAUUGCGAAGAUACUCGUCUUCCCCAUCGUCGCCCUUGUCUGCACGACGGCGUUCCGCGUCGCCAUCAGCAGGAGUCGGUGCAAAACGCAAGCUUUCCACCUCCCGCAGACAGGACUCUGCCCAACUCGGGGCUGCAGCUCGUGCGAGCGGAGACCAAGACAUUGCGACCUACUUUCGCAAGUCCCAAUCCGAGCCUGCACCGGCUACCACGCAGCAGCAGCAGCCUCCAGCUUAA